GUAGCCUAAGAUUUCUACUGAUGGCACAGCUAUACUCCUUUUACAGCAUCAUCAAAAUGAAAAUAUAGAAAUACCAAGUAACUACACAGAUCUCUAACAAUGCCUUUUUCAGCUUUUAUGGGACGAAAGCUGGGAAGAUAACAAGUCAAAAAUAUCAAAUGUCAAUUGCAAUUUCAGAUGUCCCGCAACAAAAUCGAAAUCCGAAAUAUCGGGCGUCGGCUCAGAGCUGCCUCCAUUUUUCUCUUCCAACUGCCCAAGUUUGUGGAAUUUCACUUCUCCAAAACCUAGAUCCUUCUUUAACAGUAAAAGAGAAGAGGAAAUGGCCAUGGCUAUAACUACCCAACUUCUGAAAACUCACCAUUUUAUCUGUAAAACACUAGAACUUGCAAAAAGAGCCAAAAUACCUGAGCUAUAACCAACCUGAGUUCCAAAGCUCAUUGUUGCUCUGGAAGACACGACGUUCUAUGCGAAAAGAGGGAAAAGACGGGGAGGAACCAAUGAAAUGAUACCAGAUAUUGGUAAUAAAUCCAUGCCUUCACACCAUAAAUUUCUCAAAUUUCUCCCAUUGUUCUUCCUCUCAGUCUCUGUAAUAUUUCUCUAUUCAUACUAUCACUCGGAACUCCCUCUCUUUUUGCCACGAACCUGGAACUCUAAUGGGGAUCCUCACACUGAGUUGCACAGAACCAAUAUCCAAAGCCCUAGAUUUCUAAACCCCAGUUCACAAAACCCUGCAUUGGCUGAGCCAGUUUCUGGAAACCAUGAUUCUUCACCCCCUACUUUGUCAGAGACCAGUUUUGCAGAUUCUAGAGGUGCUCCAUUGCACUCAGGACACCCGAAUUGCUCAGGAACCAGCUUAUCGGUCCCCAUUAUAUCAACCACUAGUCCUGAAAACCCUAAUUCAGGGAACACCACUAAAAAUCCCAAUUCCCUGAACCCUAAUUUCCACUUUAUUAUUAAGGUCCUCACAUUCGAUCGCCUGGCAUCCCUAACUAGAUGUCUUUACUCCAUUGCCCAUGCUGAUUAUGCAGGUGAUCGCAUAUCCCUCCAUAUAUAUGUAGACCAUUUCAGGUUUGAUGAAUUGGGGAACAAAUCUAGGGCUUUAUUGGAUCAAAAGCUUGAAGAAGCUCGAAAAAUUCUCGGAUUUAUAGAUGAGUUUCAGUGGAAACAUGGAGAGAAGAUGGUCCAUUACAGGACCCAGAACGUGGGUUUGCAAGCACAGUGGCUCGAGUCUUGGUGGCCUGCCAGUGAUGAUGAAUUUGUGUUCAUUGUUGAGGAUGAUUUAGAGCUUUCUCCGCUUUUUUACAAGUAUCUAAAGACAUUGAUAGCUAAUUAUUAUUAUGAUCGAUCAAAUUCAAGUGAAUUGAUUUAUGGAGCCUCUCUGCAACGUCCAAGGUUUGUUGCAGGAAAGCACGGGAACAAGCUCCAACUGGACAACCAAACUAAUGUCUUCUUGUACCAGAUGGUGGGCACUUGGGGCCAGCUCCUCUUUCCCAAACCAUGGAAGCAAUUCCGCCUUUGGUAUGACACCCAAAAGACCAUGGGCAUAAAGCCAAUCCUUGAGGGCAUGGUAACAACUAACUGGUAUAAAAAGAAGGGUGAGAGAAUAUGGACUCCAUGGUUCAUUAAAUUCCUCCAUUCUUUUGGUUACUUCAACCUCUACACCAAUAUCUCUCUAGAAAGAGCCCUAAGCGUCUCUCACAGAGAUGCUGGUGUUAACUAUGGUAGAAGUGCAGGGCCCGAUUCAAGCCUCAUCAAUGGCAGUUCUCCGUUGGAUAUCAACCUUCUGGAAAUGAAGCCUCUAAAAGACCUAGAAUGGUUUGAUUUUUGCUUUGGAGAAGUGGUUAUGGGGAGAGUGGCAAAGAAUUUCAAUGAAUUGGGUUCCCUUCUUUUGUCUCUUCAGAAACAGGGGACUGUAAUAGUCGUGGAUUUGUAUAGGAUUUCUAAGGCAAAUGCCAUGAAUCUACUAUGUCAUUUCGAGAGGUUGAAUAUUCGAAAUUAUGUUUUAUUGGGUGACGGUUCGGGGUUCUUGUAUGAUUUAGCAAAUAGGGGACACCCAGUUGUUGAUUCUGAACUGUUAGUAUUAGAGAUUAGAGCUUUUGAUCCAAUGAAGAUGCAGGGUGUUAACUCUGAUUUUAUGAAAGAAAUUUUAAUUAAGAACCAUGUGAUAAAUAAGUGUUUAGAAUCUGGUUUGGGAGCUUGGUUGAUCACUGCAAACAUGGUUCCAAUAGAAAAUAUGUUUUCGAACAUGACAUAUCAAAGGGAGGAUAUCGUGUUAGUGAAAGAUACAGAGCUUUUGUUCUUCAGAAACUCAGAGACCAUGGUGAAGGCUUGGUCCAGUAGUGAGAGAAAGAUGGUGGAGAUGGCUCAGUCUUUGGUCAGUAAGGGGGAACCUGUUGGUGAAGAGAGAGAAAGAGCCUUUGUGUACAUUGCUACCAAGAUAUUGAGAAACAUUGGCAUCACAAUUGAAGAGAGAGAUAGUACUGGAUUUGGGGUGAGAAUAGGUGGAGAUGUGAAUAAGACUGAAAAUGGGACUAGGAAAAGGGUGGUGUUUUGGUCUGAUGGUUUGGAUCUGGGAUUAGUGAGAGAUAAUUUGGAGAGUAUGGAUUUAUGGGGGAUUGACAGGGAUUUGGCCUGCAAGGCUGUUGUUUGUCAUCACUUGUAGAUUUCUCCACAGUUUCUUACUCUUGUUCUUGUUAAUUCGGGAUCUUGGACUUUUAUGAAAAGAGUUUUUUUGGCU